UCACAAGACUGCUAUAUACUGCUGAUGAGAAAAAAGCAUUUAGCAGUAUAUUUUUAUUUGUGUGUACUGUGGGGGACCAGAUGUAGUGAAUGCAGGGACCGGGGAGAGCGGAUAUAGUGAAUGCGGGGUCCGGGGAGAGCGGAUAUAGUGAAUGCAGGGUCUGGGGAGACCGAAUAUAGUGAAUGCAGGGCCCGGGGAGACCAGAUAUAGUGAAUGCAGGGUCCGGGGAGACCGAAUAUAGUGAAUGCAGGGUCCAGGGAGGCCAGAUAUAGUGAAUGCAGGGGUCCGGGGAGACCAGAUAUAAUGAAUGCAGGGUCCGGGGAGACCAGAUAUAAUAAAUGCAGGGUCCGGGAGACCAGAUAUAGUGAAUGCAGGGUCCGGGAGACCAGAUAUAGUGAAUGCAGGGUCCAGGAGACCAGAUAUAGUGAAUGCAGGGUCCGGGGAGAGCGGAUAUAGUGAAUGCAGGGUCCGGGGAGACCUGAUAUAAUGAAUGCAGGGUCUGGGGAGAGCGGAUAUAGUGAAUGCAGGGUCCGGGGAGAGCGGAUAUAGUGAAUGCAGGGUCCGGGGAGACCAGAUAUAGUGAAUGCAGG